ACCAACAAAACAACGUCUCUCCAGUGGUGCCUGAGCACACUGAAUUUUACCCAAUUAGGCCUGUCUGUGGGCAGUAUUUUUGAACCUAGCGCGGUCGCGAAGGUAUAUAGCUAACCUUUGCCAGUUAGGAACCUAGGGUGAUGGAUUAUAAUUAAAGUCAGCGUUAUCCUUGCGUCUGGCAGUCAGAUGUUGGGGUUCCUUUGGACUGGGAAUGGAUAUAAAAGUGUACUUGUUCAGGGUUCCACAAAUGGUUAAAUAUCACAAUUACCACACUCCUAAGCCAUGUAAUACUGACCCCAGUACUGGUCCUCAUAACCUAGAUCCUUGAAAACAUUUGUGGUUCCUACACUGUUCAUACAUUGACAACAGUGCCUGUAAGUCUCCAUGCUUCGUGGCCAUAGUGUUUCGGAAAUGUCCACUUGGCAAAGUGGCAGCACAAGCAUUACGGAGCUCCUGGCCGCGCUCUGUGAUUGCAGCCUAUCUGGAGUGUCAUGGAAACGGCAUUCUCUGGGGGGGAUCUCACGGGUGAGUGUACGACGGGUCCUCCGCCGACGUGCAUAUGGCGCCCUCCUCUCCAGGCUCUUUCAGGACGGUUCCGCCAGACCCAGCUCCACUGCAAACGCCUUGGCCAACACGCCUGCCCACAACAAAAUGCUGAUGAUCUCCUUUGAUCUCCGUGUGUCUGGCUGCACUGAGGAAGCUGAGAGGCUCGAGAAGUUGCUGGCACAACUCCAUGAGAUGACCCACGCCUCUGGCCUGGCCGAACUGGACUCCGUCCUGGAGCUGCUGGUGCAGCUGGCUGGAUCAGUUCCCCCGCCUGCCUCCUCUUUCAGCAGGGACUAUAUGCGGCGGGUGCGGCCUGUGCUCCGUAGGCCUCCACCAGGAGGCUACCUGAGCCAGGAAACACGGAGACUGGAGAGCAGGGCCUGGGCUCUGGUGUGUGGAGAAGAGUGGGGGGUGUUUCGGGGUGCGUGGAGAACCUUGAGUCUGAUGGACGCACCCCCGGGCACUGGGCUGCCAGGUCUGGGGAGGAGACAGGAGGGAGAAGAGAGGUUUGAUAGGGACACCAGGCUGUCCCUGUUUGGAGCCCUGCAGCACUCGCGGACAGCGGAUAUGGACGUUCGGCUGGACCUGCCGCCUUUGCCCAGCAACGCAGAGGUCACCGGGCUCAGUAUUCGGGUGCCUCAGUGCAUGGAUCAAUCAGAGGAUGAAGGAUUCCAGUCAGCCUCCAAUCUGACUCCAGACUCUCAGUCGGAGCCUAGCCCCAGCCCAGAGGUCGAUGUCUGGGAGGCCCUGCGCACGUUUGUGCCUGGCAGACGCCGUUGCUGGGAGAACGUGGGCUGUCCUCCAGGUCAGAAAGAGUCUCCCUAUCUGACUGAGGCAGGCCGUGAGGCCUUUGAUCAGCUCUACCGGCUAUGGGAGGGCGAGCUGAGGAACAUGCUCUCCUCACAGACUCCCUCUCCUCUCCUCCCCCUGCCUCUGGACAGCCAGACUCAGCUGGUGAAAGACCUCCUCAAUGUGCUCAUAGGGGUGGCUUCCACUACGUUUCCCCUCAACGAGGCGAGUGUGCAGUUCGAUGUGCGUCCUGACGUGUGCGUGUCGGGGACAUCCCCAGAGAGUGUGUCGCGGUUGUUAGGGGAGCUGGCACAGUACGGCACACAUUACCUUCGCCUGAGCCGCUUCUCUCUGGGCGCAGCUGAUAAGAAGGGCCUGGUGUUUCAGGCCUUCACUGGUGGCCUGAGGCGUUAUCUGCACUACUACAGGGCAUGUGUGCUCAGCACGCCAGCCUCUCUCAGCCUCCUCACCAUCGGCUUCCACUUCCGCAAGCUGGGCCGGCAGCUCAGGUACCUGUCAGAGCUAUGUUGUGUGAAUGGAGCUGUUGGUGUGAGCCAAGCCAUCUUCCCUGUGGGUGUGAAGCUCCUCUCUUAUCUGUAUAAUGAAGCACAGAGUAAUUGCAGUAAUGAGAACUACCCUGUACUGCUGUCUCUACUGAAGAGCAGCUGUGAGCCUUACACAAGGUUUGUGUCAGAUUGGGUGUACAGUGGAGUUUUCAGAGAUGUGUAUAAAGAGUUCAUGAUACAAGUGAAUGAGGACUACCUCAGCUACAGGGAUAAGCACUUCUGGGUGCAGGGAUACACACUGAUCUCACAGGAGGCUGAGGACUGUGUGCCCGUCUUCCUCCGCCACAUCGCCAACGAUGUCUACAUAUGUGGGAAAACGAUCAACCUGCUCAAGAUCUGCUGCCCGCAGCACUACAUCUUCUGCUCAGAGCUUCCAGUGCCACGGAUUGCCGUCAUCUUCUCCCUGCAAGAGAUGGAGCAGAUCGAGAGGGACUGCGCUGUGUACCGAGGCCGCAUGGAGACCAUUGCCAAACACAGUGCCGUCAGCAGGGAGGAGCAGGUGUUGCGUACAGAGCUGGCACGCCAAGAGCUCAUCAAUCAGGUCAGAGUGUCAGCAGUCAAGACACUGGAGAGCAUCCGAGGCCGCCAGGUGUCACAGCGGCUAGCUGAAGAGGUUAGAAAGAGAGAGCGCUUUGAGGCGCUUCGGCAGCAGCUGGAACUCGACCAAGAGUGGCGUGGUGCUGCUAAGAGAAGGGAGCAGGAGGAUGACUUUAGCUUCGCUCGAGAGCUCCGAGACCGAGAGCAGAGGCUGCAGGCCCUCGAGCAGCAGCUGGAGCGUCGUGCACGCAUGGACCUCAUAGCACAAUACAGUCGUCUGUCUGAGGAGGCGGCUAAGAGAGAGCGAAGGGCCAUGUGGAAAGUUCAGAGGAUAAGGCUGGAUGAAGCCAGAGUGGGCUUCCUCCAGCAGGACCAGCAGGCCAUACAGGCUCUUCUUAAAAAAUAUCCUUUACGGCAUGGAAGUCCUGCACAGGAACCACCUCUUACAACAGAACCACCUCAUCACUUGCAGGAAUGUCACACUUCUGAGACAGAGAUGAAAAAUCUGCCUGUGGAGCAAGAAACCACCACUGGAUCUGACUCAACCUUGCCCUCCCCCGUCACCAGGGGUGCCGAUGCACUGAUAUCAGAUGAAAUUGACAUCACAGAUUUCUUCCCUAAGCCUCCGCGUGCCCCAGACAGCAGGGCUGUGGCCCAGGCUUUGCAUGACAUUGGCUCUGACCUACCAGAAAUUUCUGGAAGCCCUGCUCCUCUCGACUAUGACUUCUCCUCCCCCUACAGCCCUCUGGAGUGCCUUAAGCUCCAUCCCAGCUCCGCACAUCCCUCCUUCUCUCACAUCAGGAUCAGGGAAAACGUGUCGGAGGUCCAGGAAGCAAUGCCCGCUCCAAGUGCACACGGUCCCGCCUCCUGGUCAAGCUUCCCCCUGAGCCAGUACGUGCCUUCAGUGAGGCCUGCGGUGAGCCAGCAUGGCUGCCUUUCACAGGGGUCAGCACAGCCAGGGAGCACCAGUGUCGCCUCAGGGUAUGGUGAGCCAGUCGUCCCCCCGGCAGCCACCCUGACUGAAGAGGAGCCAGCGGGGGAGAUGCGAGAGCCAAACACAGCCACGCUUACGAUGCACGAUACAGGCGAGAAGAGUUGCGACACACGGCAGGAAGAGCUUGUAGGAGGCGCUGUGGAGUCAGAAUGGAAAAGUGCCCCUGCCACCGUGGCGCAGGUGGGCAGCGCUAACGAGCAGCGAGAUCUCCUUCAGAUGACAGCUGAGCAAGAUCCAGCUGAGCUGCCUCUCACCAUUGGCCACAGCCAACACUCCGAUGUCCAAAGAAAAGAUGGGCAUAUCUCAGGAGUACUUGGUGUUCUUCCCUCCUCUUCAGGCCAGGGCCACACUGCUGAUGGCCUAAUAAGGAUCGAUGAACUUGUUUCUGAGGUUACAACUUCUGUCCAUUCCACUGGUGUCCAUAGCCACAUCUCAGGUGCUCAUAUUAAAAUAGGAAAACUUGUUUUGGAGGUGACUACCCCUACUCCUUCUCCUAAUGCCCAAGGUCAUGCCUCUGAUGCCCAUAUGAAAAUGGGAGCGCUUCUUUCUGAUGUUACUACUCCUUUACCUUCACCCGGUAUCCAUGACCAUGCCUCUGAUGCCCAUAUUAGGAUUGGUGAGCUAGUUUCUGACGUGACUACAACAGUUCCCUCCCCUAAUGUACAUGGCCAUGCCUCCGAUGCCCAUAUUAGGAUUGGUGAGCUAGUUUCUGACGUGACUACAACAGUCCCCUCCCCUAACAUACAUGGCCAUGCCUCUGAUGCCCAUAUUAGGAUUGGUGAGCUAGUUUCUGACGUGACUACAACAGUCCCCUCCCCUAACGUACAUGGCCAUGCCUCCGAUGCCCAUAUUAGGAUUGGUGAGCUGGUUUCUGAGGUGACUACAACAGUCCCCUCCCCUAACAUACAUGGCCAUGCCUCUGAUGCCCAUAUUAGGAUUGGUGAGCUAGUUUCUGACGUGACUACAACAGUCCCCUCCCCUAACGUACAUGGCCAUGCCUCCGAUGCCCAUAUUAGGAUUGGUGAGCUAGUUUCUGAGGUGACUACAACAAUCCCCUCCCCUAACGUACAUGGCCAUGCCUCCGAUGCCCAUAUAAAGGUUGGUGAGUUUGUCUCAGAUGUCGCUGCCUCCCGACCUCGUUGGAGCAAGCAUGGCCACUCUUCAGACAGCACUCUAAAAGUGGGUUGUGUGAUGCCAGACAGUGGAUUAAAUUGUUCCCCAUUACCAGGCAGCACAUACGGCCACUCCUCAGACUCUAGCCUGGGUGUGGGGUGUGUAGUUGUAGGCAGUGACCAGGCCAGCCACCGUGUGUUGGCCAGUGCCUAUGGUCACAGCUCAGACUCCACACUGAAGGCCGGGUGUGUUGUAUCUGGCUUGGAACUGUUGCCUUCCCCACUGCCCGGUAGUGCUUAUGGGCACUCGUCAGACUCGACACUGGGUGUUGGGUGUGUGGUGGCUGGGGGAGAGCCCACUAGGCCACCCCCUCUCCCAGGCAGUGCCCAUGGGCAUUCGUCUGAUUCUAGCCUGGGUAUGGGCUGUGUGGUGCAUGGGGUCAUUCCUGGAAGCUCGUAUGGUGAAGCCCCACAGACAGUUCCAGACCUUCCCACAGAGCACAGACAUGAAGGCACAGAGACCCUGGACUCCCCCACAGGGCCUCCCACUUCGCUGCUUGGCCUGAACACGGGCCUCGCUGCCUGGGCUCGGGGCCUGGGCCUGUCCCCCAGAGACAGCCCCGAGGAUGACUACCUCCUCAGGCUAGCCUCUCAGUACCAGGCUGAGCACUAUGAGGAUUCCUACAUGCUGAUGAUGGCAGCCCCUGAUGUGCAGCUCCUGCAGCAGGUGACGCGCAGGCCAAGCAUGGCUCUCCCUAUGGACUCCCUGCACUGUGCCACAGACUCCACUGCUGUGCAGCUCAGUGAGAUGAUGCCUCUCCCUGUGCUCAUGAAACAUUCCGUCACGACACCACUCAUCACACAUCUGUCUUUGGUGAACAAGGCCGUGGUGGAUUACUACUUUGUGGAGCUGGCGGUGGAGAAGCACUUUGAGGCUUUGAGGCACUUCCUGCUGAUGGAAGAUGGCGAGUUUGCACUCUCGCUCACUGACCGGCUCUUUGAGAAGUUGGGCAGCGGGCAAACCCCUGGUGAGCUGUUGACUCCUCUGGUGUUGAACUCCAUCCUGAACAAGGCUAUGCAGUACAGUCUCCAUGGUGACAGCGAGCUUGCUGCUAACUUCACUUUCGCGCUACGUUACCUGCCCGAGGUCUUCCACCCCCAUGCCCCCGACUCGCUCAACUGCCUGGAGCUCCGUUACAAGGUGGACUGGCCAUUGAAUGUGAUCAUAACAGACAGCUGCAUGAACAAGUACAACCGUCUCUUCUCCUUCCUGCUGCAACUCAAACACAUGGUGUGGUCUCUCAGUGAUGUCUGGUUCCACCUCAAACGGACAGCGCUGGUAAAGGGAGCAGGUUGCUCUGUGCAGUUCCGUCAGCUCCAGCUGUACAGACACGAGAUGCAGCACUUUGUCAAGGUGAUCCAGGGCUACAUCGCUAAUCAGAUUCUGCAGGUCUCCUGGAGUGAGUUCACUCAGAAGCUCAGCACUGCCAGUGACCUGGACACCAUCCAUCACACACAUGCAGAGUACCUUAACAGGGCCAUCUUCAGGGCUCUGCUGACAGAAAAGGCUGCUCCUGUCAUGAACAUCAUCCACAGUAUCUUCAGCCUCAUCCUGAAAUUCCGAGGGCAGCUGGUCGCACAGCCCUGGGAGAGCCAACAGGGGGAGACGGUGCACCCAUGCUUCAUUGCUAUGCAGCAGUCUUAUAACACCUUCAAAUAUUACUCACACUUUCUCUUCAAAGUGGUUUCGAAGCUGGUCGACAAAGGCUACCAGCCUCAUUUGGAAGACUUUCUGCUGCGCCUCAACUUCAAUAACUACUACAAAGACUCAUGACACGUCUCUCUGCUCAUGAAAUGGGGCUUUUGCUUCGGCCCCAUAUUGAAGUCAGUGAGGCUGUCUAUAUGCUAAUAAGGUCCAUAUGGACAUUGUUUCCCUGCAGUGUGACUGUGGUGCUGCUCUAUGCAUUGUGCUUAUGCUACACUAGGCUGCAUGUGCCUGUGUACAUGUACAUUGUGAAAACCUACCACUUUAGUGACAUACCAUCAGAGAAAUUCAGACUUAAAUUAUUUGAAAACUGUAAAGCAAUUUUUCUUGCGUGAAUCUGUUCACAGAGUUUGAUCUUUGCCUGCAGUCAUCUACAGUAGUAGACAUUGAGCUCAUUCAGUGUGAUCUAAACCCCAUUUACCAAAUUAAGGUUGGUGCUUAACUACCAUGAGUCAAACUGGUCCCAAUACCAUGGUGUUACAUGUAGAAUUAAAGCUUUGAUUUUCAAAUUUGUGUCUC